GAUACGAGUAUACGACCCCAUUCUCUAUUCCCUUGCCUGCCAAUACCCUCUCUCCUCCAAAUCCCCAAUCUUCUCCCACGGUCCCCAGUCUCUCGCUCUGUCAGACAUCGGAACGGCAGCCUACUUCUUUGUCCAGCAUCACUCCCAUCGCUGCUGCGAUGUUUUCUCUCUCCCCCAUCGUUGUAGCUUUGUAAUGUCUCUCCAGCGAGGCUGCAGCCGAUCUCUCUCGCCGCGGGAAAGCAAACAAAAGCAUCAAGAAAAAGGAUAUAGUGACACGUGUUGCUUCAUGUCUGGAUUUUAAGGAGAUAAAAAAGAUGGUUUAUGUUUGCUGAACAAUCUGAUUAUCCUUUUCAUGUGUUGAUGGAGUAGACCACUGCAGUAUCCACAUCAGUGUUUGAGGGCUUCAAGGCUUGUAUCUCAGAAGAAGCUAGUUGCCAAACAAUAUCGGAGAUCAAUUUGAAGAAAUCAGAGAUAAGUUGGUUACUCUCGCAGUGUUGCCAGUGUAUAAAGAGUGAGUUUGGUACAAGGCAAUCAGUAUAACAAAUUCAGUAUUAUAUCUUUUGAUGUCUAAGCUCUAACUAACAGCCAUGUAAAGACUACGUCUUGAAAUCUUACAUAAAUCUAAUGCUAUCAAUAACAGCCAGGGUGAAGAAACUUAUUGUAUUACUUUUAAAUUUGUGUUCGUUAUGGUUAUCUAUGAAGAUUCAAAUGGUUUACAUUUUCGCUUGUUGAUAUUGCUUCAUGUUCUGAAAAUUGGAUUGGACUGUCCGGUUUGAUCGAAUUAACCGGGAACCGAUCUUCUGAUCGGUCCGGUUGGUAUUGAAAAUUGUCCUGCAAAAAAUCAGAUGAAUCGGCGGUUAACCAGUAAACAGAGGGAACUGGACCGGUUUUUUGGGUUACCGUUCGUAUUUAUAUAUAAAAAAACCCCACAUAACCCACCCCUCCCGUUUCUCUCUCUGACUCUCUGAGGACCCAACCAUAACCCCCUUUCUCCCCCGCCGCCUUCUCCAUUGCCAAACUCACGUCCACCGCUGUCUCACCGCCGCCGUCGCAUCUGAUCCAGUCGCCAUUCCCACUGCUCGCCGCUCGUCUCUUCCGUCGCAACGCGUCUCGCGUCGCCGCUCGUCUCCUCUGUCUCGUUCCUCUGUGGCGGCCCUCGUCUUCUCUUCGACGUCGCUAGAAGUCGUGCUCGGGGGUGUUGGCGUCGCAGUCUCCGUCGUCCUCGUCAAGCCAGUCUCUGUUGUCGUCGUCGGCCCUGAAAUCGUCGUCUCUGUCCUCGUGUCAAGCCUGUAUCUUCGAGCCCCUUCUCUCUCUGUCCGAGGUCACAUUCUUCCUCCCUCGCGGUCACUUCCCUUCCUCCCUCGCUGCCGAAGCAAAAGAUGAUAAGAGCGGUGCUGGUGAUGAACACGCAGGGGAGACCUCGUAUCACCAAAUUCUAUGAAUUUUGGCCUGUGGAGAAACAGCAUGAAGCAAUUCGCAAUGUCUUUUCAGUCUUGUGCAGUAGAGCAGAACAUGUAAGCAAUUUCGUGGAUGCUGAAUCCAUUUUUGGCCCGGAUUCUCGCCUCGUCUACAAGCAUUUUGCAACUUUGUACUUUGUGUUUAUAUUUGAUAGCUCUGAAAAUGAGCUUGCAAUGCUCGACUUGAUACAAGUCUUUGUUGAAACAUUGGACAAAUGCUUCAGAAAUGUAUGCGAGCUUGACAUUGUGUUCAACUAUAGUAAGAUACAUGCCAUACUAGACGAGAUUAUUUUUGGAGGUCAGGUAUUGGAGACAAGUUCAACAGAGGUUAUGAAGGCUGUCGAGGAAAUAACAAAGCUAGAAGCAGCAUCCAAUGCAAUCAAUCUUGUUUCAAAGUCUGUUUCUAAUUGGAGGUCGCGGUAGCUUGGGUAAGGUUAAGCUUCUUGAAUUACAUGCUUUAACAAAUACAAGGGAUUUGUAAAGUGAAAUAUGUUUGAUCAGACAAGUCAGUAGGACGUGGUCUUUUUCUCCCCUCAAAUUUGAUUGAGUGAUGGGAACCCUAAUUUUGUUUUGUCCGAGAGAUUAUUUGUUAUUUGAUGUGUAAUGUUAAAAUGUUACUUAAUAUGAUUGUCUUGCUUUCCUCUGUA